UCACUUCCGUAGUAACCAGAGCGUGUCCGCCAUGCUGCGGGGCAGAACGAGGGGCAGCGGAUAUGACGAUAUAUGUAAACAAACAAUACCUGCGCGCGUGUUUUACAGGUAAACAUCGCCAUAUUGGAAAGGUAUUCGACAUCCUGAGAUCUUCAACGUUAAGAGAAAAUAAUAUUAUUAUUAUAACAUGGUCAAGAGUUGUGUUGCUGUCAACUGCACAAACAGAUGGGGCACCGAACUGAAUGGGGUUAAACUUGGGUUUUUCCGCAUUCCAAAUGCCAAUAAAUUUCCGGAGAAAAGGAAAGCAUGGGUGUCAGCUAUAAACAGAGAUGGCUACGAACCAAAAAAAGAUGAUGUGAUCUGCGGAGCUCAUUUCCUAACCGGCAAACCAUCUGAUGAUUCUGCUCACCCAGAUUAUGUACCACAAAUCUUUAUACACUCUCCUACUCCUCAGAGGAAACUAGAAGAUGAUCUUGUGCGAUAUGAGAAGCAGAAGAAAAGGGUGAAAGACAAAAUAGAAACAACAAACAGGAGUCAUGCUCAUGUUGAUAUGUCAUAUAAUGUUCCUGCUUGUGUAUAUAUUGUUUCUGUUAUUACUCAUUAAUAGUAAUGUACAUUUCAUGUGAUAGCAUUAAAGAUUGAACUUAAA